CAUUCUGGGCACUGAUUGGCUCCUCCAUUUGCGGGAACUCGUUUGCGGCUCAGUGAAAAGUAGAUCCCGCGCUGCGGACGCAGCACGGUUCUGAGGUGUUUCGCGAGCUCGCUAGACCCGGGCAGCCUGGAUCUCGUUCACUAGAGAAUCGUGGCCAUGAUGUGGAAUAGCAGUGGAUAUGACAGCUAUGGCAGCUCCUUUGGCGGAGCCGGUGGCUACACACAGUCCCCUGGGGGCUUCGGAUCGCCGACACCUUCACAGGCUGAAAAAAAAUCCAGAGCCCGAGGCCAUCACAUUAUACCCUGUACCAUAUCUCAGUUGCUCUCUGCCAACAUGGUUAAUGAAGUGUUCAAGAUUGGGAAUGUUGAGAUUUCACAGGUCACUAUUGUGGGGGUAAUCAGACAUGCAGAGAAGGCUCCAAGCAGCGUUGUGUACAAAAUAGAUGACAUGACAGCUGCACCCAUGGAUGUUCGCCAGUGGGCUGACCUGGAAGAUCCCAGUGAUGAAAACACUGUGGUUCCUCCAGAAACGUAUGUGAAAGUGGCUGGCCAUCUGACACCUUUUCAGAACAAAAAAACCCUGAUAGCCUUUAAGGUUAUGCCCCUGGAGGAUAUGAAUGAGUUCACCACACAUAUGCUGGAAGUAGUCAAUGCACACAUGAUGCUGAACAAAGCUAACACCCAGCCCCCAGCAUGCAGACCAGAUCCAGGAAUGACUGGAGCAGGAAACUUUAAUAACUUCACGCCAGCAAAUGGCCUCACUGUGGCCCAAAACCAGGUACUGGAUUUGAUCAAGGCUUGUCCAAGACCUGAAGGAUUGAACUUUGAGGAGCUCAAGAGUCAACUCCACCAUAUGACUACCAUCUCAAUCAAGCAAGCUGUGGAUUUUCUAAGCAACGAGGGCCACAUCUAUUCCACUGUGGAUGAUGAUCAUUUUAAAUCCACAGAUGCAGAAUAACUGGAUCUUAUUGGGCCCCUGAGAUAUUUUCCAACUGGACCUGUUUUCACAAUCUGUUGUCUUAACUCACUGCUUAAGUUUUUUGAAGCUCCAAGAGAUGUAAACCAGGGUCGAACUUCCUAAGUUAGAAACUAGUUACAACAUCAGGAUAGGUGGAGUUGAAAGGGAGGUGCUACGAGAGUGAGUUCGUAUUACUGAAAUACCAGAAGGGGUUCUCUAUGACUGAAGUGCUUGAGAGACAAUGAGCAGGACUGCAGAAGGUGAUGGGUCUGUUAGCAGAGCGCUAACCAAGAAUCUACUAACUUCUGCCAGUUUUUGUUCCCCACUUUGGUUAUAUGGUGUUGCUUUCAGAAUUGCACUUUCCUUCGUUUUGUCAGAACUGCUGCCUGGACUUGUUUUUUAUAAAGAUGAGGUCCUAGAGCAGUGGACUUGGGAGUAGAAGAGAAGAAAUGUUAUUGUGUUUUGUACAAAGUAAGUACAUUCAUGUUUAAUAAAAUAGUUCUAUUAUUGCAGUGACCUGUGAAAAUGUUAUUUUUCUUUUU